AUGAAACCCAAAACUGCACUUCCGGCACGGUAAUCUCAGGAAUAAUUAGGGAAUUUCGCACCUCUCAGAACUUGUUCUUCAACAUUUUUCAGAAGUUUUCAGGGCUGCGGCCUCUUGGGAAGGGUUUAGGUACAGCAAGGCGUUGAAGUUGCACUCUGACGCCGAUCUGCACUAUUUGUCCGUUUAUUUAGCGGAGUUAGAAGCCGAUUUGAACAUGGCGCCUGUCGCUCAGGACCACAAACCUCAGAAUGGGUCAGUUUGAAUCAUUCAUUUGAAAAGUUAGAGAAGAAGCUUAAAUUUUCAGAAGAAGCAUUAUUUUCGAAGAUUUUUUCUUUUUGGUACAAUAAGUUCGAAAGAAGACGAUAAAUAAUUUUCUUUUGAUAGGUUUCUUAUCGGAUUUGUGGCAAUUGUAGCUUUUCUUGCAACUUUCAUCUUUGGGAUAGCUGAGAAAGAAAAGAGAAGUUUGCUUAAAAGUUAUUUCUUUCGUUAACUUCUCACAGUUAGGAAAUUCAUAAACUGAAUAAUUGCAAUUUACCUUUCUAAAGCGAAUUUUUUUUUGUCUUAUCCUAUAAUUUUUCUUAUCUUGAGUUUCGACGUCCCGCACAAGAAGACCGAAGAUAGGCAUAAGGAAAGAUCGUCCAGAAGGAAAUUCAGAAGCAACGACGUCAGUUAAUUUUUUUUUUCUCAGUUUUCAACAUGAAAUUAUUUUUUUAGUACAUGAUUUUCUCUGCUGACGCUAUGCAACACAUUUCAAAGACGGCCGAGAGAACGACGGAAAAGUAUAAAAUUCGAGUUUUCUUCUGUAACAGUGGUUUUUGAGGUACACAUGGCUGGGAGAAAGUCUUCGGAUGUCUUUCAAAAUGCUUCGAUCUGACACGAGACUCGUUCGGACCAUGCUUCACAGUCACGGAUUUAUGCAGGUUUAAAAUGGCUUCGAUUUUUGUCGCAAAGUUAUUUUAUCAUUUUGCUACUCGAAAUGCCACAGAAAAGAAUUUUUGAACUGAACGAAGUUCUUUUUCUCCAUAUAAAAGUUCUGUUAUGAUACACUGAAAAGAAUCGAAUCAGUUUAAUUUCGAAACUGUCCGACUGUUUGAGCCCUUAUUUUUAUUCCGCCAAUUUUCGUUAUUCGCUGAAGUUUCACAUAACUGUUUUCUAUUGCAGUGCUCGAAUAAAAACCCAUUGGUGAACGUGGUGUGGGCAGGAGCGUCGAUGAAAGCCGCAAAAAUGAGAGACCUUCAGCCUUGGUUCGUCGAGCUCACAAACUAUCAAAUUUCCGGUUUCCAGGCAGAGAUUGAACCAAUUUCCACGUUCCAAGCAACUUACGCGCAAAGAUUUCCUCUACGAAAAUAUCGAGCGAUCAAAGUCGAUUUUUGGGAACGCCUUUGACUUUGUUAGUUUUCUCAUUCACGUACUUCCGUGUUAGAGAAUGAAAUUGGCUAAAAAAAAUUUUCUUUUAUGAAUUUUUUGGUUCUGAUAAAUGUCAAAAAUGUUUAUAUUUUUUUAGAUUCCUGAGUUUUACGUAGUUCCACGAGAACACGCGAGGUUCGCCAAGGCUCUGUUGAACUUGGAGGCUCAAAUUGAACGAAAUGAAGCUGUUGCCAGUUUCCCUGGAGAGUUUAUUGUCAAACCGGUUGAUUCCUGCCAGGGGAAGGGCAUUUUUUUCGUCAGCUCGGUUGGUUUUUGCUGAAAGUGAAAAUGGGGGUUUUUUUAUCAUGUUAUGAACUAGUUUGAGCGUUUUUUUCGCUUUUUAAAUAAAAAGAAACCGUUUCAAAAUUUGAAAAAAAUAGAAAAAUUUUUUUGAUCCGAAGCCCACAUUUGAAAGUUGGACUUCAUUCGAAUAAAUUGAUUUCACAGACGGAUGAAAUUCCACUAGAGGGACCACUUCUCGCUUCGCGAUACUUGGCCAAGCCAUACUUGGUCAAUGGCCACAAGUUCGAUCUCCGAAUUUACGUCGCCGUGACUUCUUUCUAUCCACUCGUCGCCUACGUCUAUUCCGAAGGACUCACAAGGUGCGAAGAUCCCUUAGGAGGUGCAAGAAGAUCACGGAAGUUCCAGACUCGCCUCGAUGCCCUACGACGCCUCGAGUUGUUCCAGCAGCAGAGAUUACAUCCAUUUGACCAACUAUUCCAUCAACAAAAAUAGCACGUCUUUUGUCAGGUAUUUGGAGAACUUGUGCUCUUUUUCCUCUUAAUAAUUAUAGGUUCAUCCACUUCAUAUUAUAUAAAGAUAACUAUUCUGAAUAAAUACGAGGCGAAAAUGCAGUAGAACGACUGUUAACCUUCGAUUUCCAGAAAUGAAAGCAUGUCGGCGGAAGACCUCGGACACAAGUGGACACUGGGGGCGUUGCUUCGAUAUAUGGAGAAGGAGGGGAUCGACGCGAAAUGUCAGUUUUCAUCUCAUUCAAGGAUUAAUCUACUAGAAAAACUUUUCACACAAAUGAAAACUUGUUUGAUUACAAUCUCUCCUUUAAACUUUCUCUCAUCAUGUUCUGAACUUUUCGCCCGAUGUAGCUUUUUUGCCUAUUUUCUUGCUGCUUAGUUCCAGUUCCACAAACGCCAUUUGAAAAAUAACUUCUUAUUUCUCUCAUUCUAAUCGGUCAUGAAAACAUGUUAAAAAAAGUUCAAAAUUCAUAUUUUUUCAGUGUUGAUGCUGAGGAUCGAAGAUUUGGUCGUAAAGAGUUUGCUAUCCAUCCAAUGCGCCGUUGCGAGUAUUAGCAAGUAAAAACCAUUAUUUUUUGUUGAAUGUAAUUUAUUCACUUUUCAGGACUCAUUUGCGGUUUGUAGGAACGAAUUUCGAGCUUUUCGGCUUCGAUGUCCUCAUCGAUGAAGCCUUGAAGCCGUGGCUUUUGGAGGUCAAUUUGUCGCCGAGUCUUGCUUGGUUGGUUUUUUUUCUCAGUUUUUCUUUGUUUUUUCAUGGAAUUUAAACUCAAAAUUAAAUUUUAUUUUGUUAAACUGAAAACCGAGAACGAAGAACCACAAAAGAUGGACUAAAAUUUCUGAGGAAACUUUAAAAUCAAGUCUUGGUUAAAAAUGGUGAACCGAAGAAGCUGAAGAAGAACUUUUGAAUAAAGUAAUUCAUUUUUCUUUGUCGUUCGGAAUUUUUAGAAAGUUGGUCAGAAUAGAAUACAUUGCCAGAGGAGAAAUCUGAAAGUCUCAAUCCGCACAAAUUCCUAUCAUUCGUGAAUGAGCAACCCGAAGCCGGAGAAAACCCACAGAAGUUUCUGAAGUGUGUCGUUUUUGGAUUUUUAGUCUUCAUUUCUCAGAAUGCUCAGAAUGCAAGAAGUUUUGCAGAUUGAGACUUUUAGGGUUUUCUUUUGGUUCAUCAAGGAGUAAUCGGGUCGACCUUGAUGAAUUCCAAACACAAAGUAAUAAUAAAAAGACCUUCAGACUGAUUUUUUCAAAAACAUUAUUUUCUUUGAUGUUUUUUUCUCUGUUGCAUUCUCACAACAUUUAUCCCAUUUUUUUCCUUCCUGCGAUAUAUUGUUCUCUGUUUCAGCGACGCUCCUCUGGAUUCUUUGAUAAAGACGCGACUGAUGACUGAUUUACUCAAUUUGGCUUGCAUCCCACUGAUCGAUAGAAAAACUGUCGACAGUUUCGCUCAGCUCAGGCCUUUUAUUCAUACUCCAGGUGUGGAUACAAUUUCAUUUCUAAUUAUUUUUUGAUCUUAGAGUCUCAUGAAUCUUCGGAUUUGGAUGAAGAGUUGAGGUCCGCGGAAAACUUGGUCAAUGUGAAGACUUUGAAGAAACGGCCAGUUGGAAUCAAGGUUUUAGUUUGUUUCUCGACUUUUCACAUUUUAGAGCUUAAUUUUCGAAAACAAGAAUAAAUCUCUUUCAAAACCACUUUUUUCAGAGAAGCGUUUUGAAUCGGAGACUGGCCAAUGGCGUUGUUUCACAGAACGAACAACGCCUUCAAAGCAUCGUUCGACGUGUGAAACUCGAGGAGGACCGCCGAGGGGACUUUAUCCGCGUUUUCCCAAGGAAGGAAACUUGGAACUUGUACAGGUUCGUUCUACCUAAAUAACAGUUCACUGUCCUUUUUUUUUGAAGUGGUUUAAUGGAAGAUCUCGGAAGCGAAGACUAUGACCAGAAGUUGUACGAGGAGAUAAUCAUGUCCCAAACUGCGAGCCGAGAAGGAAGUGUCGAGAAGAAGCUGAAGCGGGAAGACGAGGAGGAGGACGGCGCCGAGGAGCUGGAGGAGAUCGCCGACGUCUUCCACGCCGUCAUGAUCAACCCCCAGGAGGUGAGUACCAGUGCAUAGUGGCAGACGGAGUGGCUGCCAUACACCGGCUGGAUGCAGUUUGAGGGGGGUAGGCCGCACCCGGGGUGGGAUCCAGCCAACGUAUGGUGGCUGCAAAAAGAGGGCUUCAAAGGGCGUCCAACUUAAAACAACUUGACCGCUUCGGCAUCACGAAGUGUUCAAGUACUGUGAGUCUCAAUUAGGCCCUUCCGCGCGGCCAUAAACACAAAAUUCAAAGCCAUUUCAUGUGCGACCACAGCCUCUCAAAAUUAACAUGGGAAGCUCUUUUUUUCAAAUAAUCUUCUACAAAUACAACUUGUUUUCAAGCAAGGUCAACCAAAUGGGCAUUAAAUUGGGUUUCAAUGGAAAAAAAUUGAUGAAGUUUUUCAAACUCAAGUCUAAAAAUUUAGUUUUUUUCUAAAAAUUUCUAGUCUAAAAAUUUAGUUUUCAGCUAAACUCAAUUUAGUAAUGAUUAUUUUAGUACCCAACACUAGAGUUGGUUCCAAGGAAAGUUCGAGAAAUCAUUGGUUCAUGGUACAACGAGGCGAAAGAGUACACCAAAAAGAUCACUCAGGAGGGUGAGAUUUAUGCGCGUAAGUUUUUUUUAUUUCAAGUUUAAUUAUUUUAAAAGCUGUCGGAUGGUAUUCUUAGGGAGAAUUCAAAGGCAAAAUUAAAAAAAGAAAAACUCUUUCUAUUUUAGAUUAGAACUUCAAAACUUUAUAAAAUUUUUUUAACAACAUUUGACUAAUAAAGUUCAACAUUUUUUUAACUGAGCUGUCAGGAAAAAAACUGGUACGUUAAUAUAUUCAUUUUUUUCUAAUGUUUCCUCCUAUCAUCCGAUUUUCAUUCAUUAAGAAAAAUUACCGGCGAUGAGACCAUCGGCGAGAGUCCGAACGAAAAGUUGCACAGAGUUCUACGAGGUGCGCAAAGAGAAACUGAAAGGGAAGAAACUUGCUGCGGCCGCCGCCGCUUCGCAGAAGUGAGUCCUCAAUUUAAUGUUUUCGAAUGAUUUUAUUAUUUUCCUUUCAGACAAGCCACUUCUUCCGACAAGGAAAAUAGCCAGCCUGAUGGCGUCCCGGCCAUCUGA